AUGCUGGGCAGGUUGCAUAUGGGCAUUGACGAGUGCAUCGAUGCAUACAUGGACUUUUCACGAUCACUGUUUGAACCGAAACGAUCCAAGUUUAAUGCUUUCAUGAGGCCAACGGUCGCAGCCACAAUCGCCCAGGAUAAACUGGAAAGCAUUCUGAGGAGAAUGACUUCGGCUUCUGCCACCCUUGAAGAUCCAAUGCAAGAUGCUGAUUCACCCUGCAAAGUGGUUAUCGCUGCGGUGGACGCUUCGGCGAACUAUGAACUCAUGCGGAGCUACCGAAAUCCCACAGCUCCAGAGGACGUCAAAUACAAUAUCUGGGAAGCAGCACGUGCUACCUCUGCAGCUCCCACAUACUUUGAAAACUUUGACAAUAAGGUGAUGAAAUCCGUGCGAUAUAAUCCUGUCAACUCGCUUUAUGAGGAAGCACGGAGCCUCUGGCCGGAGAGUAAUAUUCAGCUUGUCAGCAUUGGUGCAGGCGGGGGACCCCGGAACACAUUCACCUCGAGCUUAGGAGACCACAUCAAAGCCUUUAAUAGGAUAUUGACCGAUUCUGAAGACGAGGCGCGACGUUUUGAAUAUUUUCACACUGGAAUGGCCUUUCAAUUAACAUUGUACCGAUUCAACGUCAUUGAUGGCUUACAGAAUGUGGCCCUCGAUGAAUACAGGGCAGUGCGCGACAUUCAAUUGGCCACUGAUCAGUAUCUUCACCACAGAGAAACUGAAGAUAAAAUGCGCCGUUGUAUUGAGGAGUUAUCCGAGAUCAAUUACGAAGGUCUGAAUUUGCCCACUUCCUCCCCUCACAUAACUGAUUCUAUUGUAGCCAAGUCGAAGCAAGUCAUAAAAUUGGAAGCGGACCGCGACUCCGGCCAGCGGCUUCGACGUUAUACUGACUGGCUCUCUGCCUCCAAUAUGGCUACAACACUAAGUGAUACUGUAUCCAAGAUCCAAGAGGGGACUGGUUCUGCCCUAUUGUCCGAGCCAAAGUUCAAAUACUGGUUGACGGGAGAAAUUCAGACUCUCCUGUGUCUCGGCGUUCCUGGCGUGGGUAAGACAGUUCUGGCGGCGCAGGUUAUUGACACUUUAACUAGACAUAAUGUACACAAGAACAGUCCUACUCUAUUUUUCUUUGCGAGUUGGCGACAACGCGAAGCUGAAAGUCAAACACCUGCUGCCAUCCUCGCAAAUCUGCUGUGCCAAGUUCUGCUGUCCCAGGGGUCCAUAUCGGAUGCAACACAGCAACUUUUCGAACGACACAUGAAAGGAGCAAGCCGGCCAGGUGGGACUGAAUUGCUGGAUUGCCUCAAACGGGAGACACGCCACAUACCCAAGACAUAUAUCAUUAUUGAUGCUCUAGACGAAGUUUCCGAGCAGUGUCAGCCAGUUUUACUCCAGUACGUGCGUGAUCUUUUACGGGAAGGAGAAAUACAGUUUAUGGCAACAUCCCGUGAGCUCCCGGGUACAGAACGGCUCUUCAGUCGUCUAUUCCCGAGAUCCGAAUUCAUUCAUAUCAACAGCAGCGCAGACGACAUCGAGGCAUACUUGUUCGGUCGAAUGGCAAUGUUGCCUGAUGUUGUGAUGCAGGACAUUGAGUUCCAGUCAUUCAUAGUGGCCGAAAUCAUGAAGCGCUCUGCUGGCGUAUUUCUCGUUGCCAAACUCCUAGUUGAGUCACUGGUGCCGCUUAGGACCGUCCGGCAAAUCAAGAGUGCAUUGAGACCGGGACCCACUGAUAUUUCAGGCAUGUAUGAGGCGUUGUUGGCCACAGUCGAAGACCAAGAUAAGUUCUCCCGCGAGCUUGCAUUCCAAGUUUUUGAGUGGCUCGCUUAUGCUCGAAGACCAAUGUCUGCUCAAGAGCUGCAGCAUGCAUUGGCUAUCGAGGAAGGUAGCAAGUUUCUUGAUCGAGACUCGUUGAUAUCAGUUGACGACGUGGUUUCAGUGUGCGGUGGCUUGGUUGCUUUCAACGCGGACAGCAAUCUCCUCACUUUUGUGCAUGUAUCGGUAGACGAAUUCUUUCAAAGGAUCAUGCAAGAGCGCUUCGAGAAUGGCCAGAAGCGAAUUGCCACCGCAUGUCUGACAUACCUUAGCUUCGAUUGUUUCGGCGACGGCCCAUGCACGGAUGCACAAAAACUACAACAGCGGAAGGAGGAUUAUCCUUUUCUCCAUUAUGCAGCUAGCUUUUGGGGCUUUCAUGCUCGGGAAGUGGUACCAAAUGAGAUUUUGGUUGUUGCUUCAAGGUUGCUUCAUCAUAAUAGCAAAUUGGCCUGCUGCUGCCAGAUCAUGCAAUCUCGCAACCAUCGCUUUUCCCGCAGCAGUGUUUUGGGAUCGGAAUUGAUCACUCCGCUUCACCUUCUAGCUCAUUUUGGCUUGACACAGUUGUCGCUUUUGAUGUCCGACUACUUUCAAGAUGUGAACGCAAAAGACUCCCUGGGGAGAGAUCCGAUGACCUGGGCUAUGCAAAGUAGUCAAAGCGAGAUGAUAUAUUUACUUUUGGACCAUGGAGCAAGCAUUGAUGUUGUGGAUCGCAAAGGACGCUCGUAUCUAGCUUUGGCCGUCAUUGACGGAAACAUAGAUCUUGUGAAUGGUCUGCUAUCACGAGGCGCGAAUCCAUCGACGAAGGAUAGCCGAGGACAGAGUAUUCUCUCACUGGCCGCAGCGAACGGGAAAUUAUCUGCCUUCAACGCGGUUUUGAAACUAACACCCGACAUGAUCGAUGACAGAGACCAAACUGAUCGAUCACCACUGUUCUACGCUGCAGAGAAAGGAUAUGUCGACAUCGUGACUUUCAUAUUGAGCCAACCGUUGGUGAGGGUCAAUUCUCAAGAUGAGAAGGAGCAGACUCCACUUAUAGCUGCCGCAAGAAGAGGACACGUCAAAGUCAUCGAAGCACUGUUGCAGCAUCCUCGUAUUGACGUCAAUUUGAAGGACUCGAUGGGUCGAACGGCACUGAUGGUAGCGACUAUGGAAGGGCACUUGGAUGUGGUCGAACUUCUUCUCGCCCAUCAUGAUGGCCCGGCAGGAUUGCAGAUACCCGACUACACAGGAAGGACGCCGCAAGCUUGGACAUUUAUCACGAAUCGCCUACAGCAGAAAGAUAUUCUCAAUGCUCAAAAGUUCAGCCUCUUUGAUGAUGAUGGUGAUGACGAUGCACCAAAGGAAGCGCGAGCUCUCGCUGAAUUGUGGUUCGAAAGAUUCGAUGCGAAUGUCGUCCCUCUCAUUCAAAAGCGCUCCAACAAUGAGAAGGGUCGGAUAAGAAUUGCCAUCCUUGAUACUGGCAUGGACCCAUCCGAUCGUAGGAUCCGAGAAGCGAGGGAUCGAAUCAAAUACAAAAGUUUUCUCAUUGGCGAGGAGGAUGACUUCCCGGAAGAUCCCCAGGAUUCAAAUGGACAUGGAACCUUCUGUACUGCGCUCUUACUUAAAAUUGCGAAAACGGCGGAAGUUUUCGUGGCGCGUGUGACAGCUAGCGACAAGUUGGAAAAUCCUGAUUGUAUCGCAGAGGUACGUUUCCAUGCCUGCUUGAAGCCAUGUACUCAUUAUAACAAGGCCAUCCACUGGGCGAUUCACGAGAGCGUUGACAUAAUCUCCAUGUCAUUCAGCUUUCCAGAUUACACUCCGAGAUUAGAAGGCAUUCAAGCCUCAAUAAUAAAAGCAAACGCUGCCGGAGUCCUGAUGUUUGCUCCAGCAAGCAGCGGAAGAGGUAGCCAACGACUCGGAUAUCCUGCUAGUAGGCAUGAAGUUAUCUCCGUUGGAGCUACUGAUGGGGAGGGCAAUAUCUCAAAAUUCACUCCAAGACCAUUUGAUGAUAGGACAGACUUGAGCACUCUCGGAGAAGGUGUCAUGUCCUCAUGGCCCAUGAAACUGAGUGCAAACGGACAGACAUCAAGAAAGGAGUUGUCUGGGAGUUCAGUCGCCACUCAUAUCGCAGCCGGCAUAGCUGCAUGCGUCAUUACCUACCUGCGGCGGUUACCAGAUGAUAUUGACAAGGAUUUGAGCGUUCUUCUUUCCAAGCUGAGAGACAAACAGGCCAUGAUGGAGGUGCUACUGGAGUUGACCAACGAAAGGGAUGGCUUUCACUACCUGGCUCCAUGGUUGCUGUUCAACAGCACCAAUGAACGUAUCAUUCCUCAAGUAUUGCUCGACAAACUCCGUUAA